GCGACAACUUACGAAAAUAUAAUCCGUUACAUUGACUUCCCUUUCCAUAUCGUAGGCUCUGCUGAUUAACUUUUAAUUUUACUCGUCUAUAUAUACGCAUAUGUGUUGACAACAUCCAUGUUCUAUUAAAAUUAUAAGUCGCUACUUAAUGAGGGAAGACGAGAAGGAGAAAGAGUGGGGGAGGUCUAUUCAUUUCCCUUCGAAGCGAACGCGGAGAAAGUUCCUUAGCAACAAAGUUUGUGCUUGGUCGGAAAUAACAAGAGUGACAUGUUUAUUUAGGAACUAAACUUUAACUUCUCAAGUGUGCUUAGCCUUUUUUAAAAUAAAUUACUAAUAUAUAUAUAUAUAUUUAUAUAUUCGGAUUCUGUGCGUUGGCCAAUUGCCCGUAUAUUUAUAUUUCACAAUGUUUAAAAAUACCUUCCAGAGUGGGUUUUUGUCGAUAUUAUACAGUGUUGGCAGUAAACCGCUUCAGAUAUGGGACAAAAAGGUUCGUAAUGGUCACAUCAAACGAAUCACAGACAAUGAUAUCCAAUCAUUGGUUCUGGAAAUAGUUGGCACAAAUGUCAGUACCACAUACAUUACAUGUCCUGCUGAUCCAAAGAAAACUCUUGGCAUCAAACUACCCUUUUUGGUGAUGAUAAUUAAAAAUCUCAAAAAAUAUUUCACAUUUGAAGUACAGGUUUUAGAUGACAAAAGUGUCCGGCGUCGAUUCCGAGCCAGCAACUACCAGAGUACCACCCGUGUAAAACCUUUCAUUUGCACUAUGCCGAUGCGUCUUGAUGACAGCUGGAAUCAGAUACAGUUUAACCUCUCUGACUUUACACGACGAGCCUAUGGAACAAAUUACAUUGAGACAAUCAGAGUACAGAUUCAUGCCAACUGUCGUAUUCGGCGAGUAUAUUUCUCCGAUCGCUUAUAUUCUGAAGACGAGCUGCCUGGAGAAUUCAAACUAUAUAUUCCACAAAGCAAGAUCAAAGCUUGAGUGAUUUUUAACAAUUAAAACAGAAAAAAAAAAAACUAAUAAAAAGAAUAUAAAAAAUAAAAAAAAAGAAUUAAAAGCAAUAAACUUUGUAAAUAUCUUAGACUUUACAUUGAAAAUA